AUGGAAGAAAGAAGUGAAUCACUAGUAGAGUACUCAUUUUUCCCAUCAACCGUGUCAGAGUCAUCAGGCAGUUUCAGUUGUAUAUGGAAUGGAACAAAUCCAAGCUCCCCUAUUUACAUUCCAUCAAUUUUCCCAGCCAACCACUCAGAUAGUGAAAGUGAUAGUAUUCCAGGAUCCAACGAAACAUAUCCAAAAUUCCCUCAUAAUUCCAAUUCCAUAGUGUCAUUCUUCCCACCAGCCAGGUCUCCAACAAGCAGUACCGAAAAUUAUGAGAUAAUAAUUACAAAUCCUUCCAUAUCAGCAACAAGUUUUUCCAUUCCAACAAUCUUCCCACCCAUCAUGUCUGAGACUGAGACCGACGGUAGUUGUUCAGAGUCUGACCAAUCACCUCGUGCACAAUUUUCUAAUUCCGUAGUGUCACUAUUCCCACCAGCCGGGUCUCAAACAGACAGUAGUAGCUCCAAAAAUUAUGAAAUAACAAUUCCAACUGAUCCUUCCAUAUCAGCAAGGCCUAACCGCAGAGUCCAAAUAGCAACCUUUAAAGACUUGAUUGAGUUUCUUAAGCCAAAGAGUAGUAGUAGUUCAAAAUCUAACCAAACAUCUCAAAAAUUCUCUCAUUCCAAAAAAAAAUCUGUAUUGUCGUUCUUUUCCACAGCCAAGUCACAAACAAACAGAUCUGAGCCUAGACGCACAAUCAUAACUACAAGCUUCAGAGACUUGACGGAAUUUCAUUUGCAAAUGCUACUUGAAGCCACUCACAACUUCUCAGAAGAUCACAAGAUUGGAACAGGUAGUUUUAGCUCAGUCUACCGUGCCACUUUAGACGAUGGCCAAGUAGUGGCUAUUAAGCGUGCUCAACUAUCAAUGUCUAUAAAGAAUGAAUACGAAGAUUUGUCCCACCUUAACCACAAGAAUCUCGUUCGCUUAUUGGGAUUUUGUGAGGAUGGUAACGUGCGUGUAGUGGUCUACGAAUACAUGGAAAAUGGUACCCUUCAUGACCAUCUUCAUAAGCUUCAAAGUACUCCUCUAAUAUCAUGGGCUGCCCGGAUUAAAGUGGCACUAGACGCAGCUAAAGGCAUUGAGUAUCUGCAUGCAUAUGCAGUACCGCCAAUCGUACACUAUGACAUCAAAUCUUCUAACAUAUUACUAGAUGCCACGUGGACUGCCAAGGUAUCUGAUUUUGGCCCAUCUUUUAUGUCAUACCUUUCAAUUCUUGGGGCAGGCAGUGUGGACCCCGAGUACUAUAAGCUUCAAUUGUUAACACCCAAAAGUGAUGUGUACAGUUUUGGAGUAGUAUUGCUAGAAAUUUUGUCUGGAUACAAAGCACUUUAUAGAGACGAAAACGGUGAGCGACAAAGUAUAGUUGAUUUUGUAGUGCCAUACAUUGCCCAAGAUGAAAUUCACAAGAUUUUGGACCCAAAAAUACCACCACCGACCCCAUUUGAAUUAGCAGAAGUGGCAUAUGUUGGGAACCUAGCACUGCAUUGUGUAAGUCUAGAAGGUCGAAAUCGCCCUCAAUGA